AUGACUGGCACCCAGGUCCCGAUUAGCCACCCCAACAGGGAAGACGACAACUUCAUCCUGUUUGGGGGAUCGCCACUGGCACCAGGGCACAGGGGCGAACACGUGGGCCAGCCACAGGGGCGUGGCCAUCAGCAAGACCAACAGCGGUCGUCGGGGCCGGUCGGACGAUCGCUGUUCUACCAAACAAACCUCCUCCUCCUGGAGACACAUUCGGCUCUCCUCUUUGACGCGUUGCACAAGACCAACCGCACGCAAGAAAACCGCCACGAGAUCAGCGAGCUGGAGAAGACGGUCCGCUCCCUGCGCCAGGUCAUGGCGAACCAAGACUACGCGCCGCUCGUGUACCACGUCGACGGCAGGAUCACCACCCCGACCCGGCCGUGGAUUCAUCGCUGGCGGGACCUGCAAGGUGGCUACCAUGUCACCCCCUACGAGCCGCCCAACACCAACCCCGCCGGGUAUCCCUACCAGCACAGGGCCGAUGGCGCACAGCCGCUGCGCCAGGUCGCCAAAGACCUCGACUGGCAGCUCCACAGCAAUCUACGACGCUACCUGCCCGACAUGGAGUGGUGCGUGGUGUGCGGCAACUGGCACUACGUCCAGGAGGCCAGGAGCGUCGACAUUUUGCUGUGGGAGGCCUUUGGCGACGAGAACGGUCUGCUGCCAGACGAGUACCCCAUCGACGGCCAAGUCAUGCAGCUGCCGUCGCUGCCCAUGUGCUUGGAGUGGGCCCAGUUCUGGGACUGGGGCAUCAUCGGCCUGGUUCCUGGCCGCACGCCUGGCAGCUGGAUGACCAAGGUCGUGCACCCAGACUUCAUCCAGUUCAUGGCCAGCAACUACCCUGGCGCCGAGGGCCGCGAGAUCAAUGUGAGCUCGUCGUGGCAGCCCAACCCGCGCCACCUGUACCUGCGCUGGGCGGUCACGGAGCUGCUCCGGAUCCACGACGAGGGGGUGGCGCGGCCUGUGGCGCCGGCGCGCGGCGUCCUGUCUUGGGAGAACGGCAUCGCCGACUACGAGACGGGGCCGCUGGGUUGCGACAUGACCAUGAUGGUCACGUGGUUGGGGUACGAGCUGGCGGGCCUGGCGCCCGAGGAGACUUGCGCGCUCUUUGACAUACCGGAGGAGCUGGAACAGCGCGCCAAAGACCAGCUCAACAUGGAAUGGGCUAGGCAGUUUUGGACGCCCCGGUUCAAGAGGUUCAUUGACGCGUACCUCGGGUGGAAUGCUGUGGUCAGCAAGGAGCUGGCGCAGUACAGGCAGCAGAUGGGCAUCUCACCCGGGGUGAGCCGGGUUGAUGAUGGCGAGGCGGACCAGCGGCUCCGGGAGGUCCUCGGGGAGAUACUGGCGGACGAGGAUGAGGAGCCACAGAUUGCCGAGGAGCAGACUGUGGCGCAAGCCGAGAACGAGGAGGUGGCUGGUGGGGAGAAGACCGGUGAGAAGACGGUCCACCAGGAGAACGUUGAGGAGGUGGAUGUCGAGACGCCGGAGGAGGAGGAGACUGGUACCCUGGAGGAGCUCGCGACGGAGGCGGAGAUCGAGGGUGAGAAGGAUGAGGAAGAGAAGAGCGACGAGGACGCUGAGGAACAGCUCGAGUUCCAAAGCAGCGAUUACAAUGCCGACGUCGAAGGAUACUUUGAUGACUGGGGCGAGGAGGAAGGUAGCAACUGGAACCAGACCACCGACGACGGGGAUAGGGUCACAACCAGCGAGGAAGAUGAUGGUCCCUCGAGCUUCGGCGACGAGCUCGAAGCUGUGAUGGACCUUAUCGAAACCCUUGCAAGAGAUAUUGUGGACUCUACAGCGCCUUGA